GCAAAAAGGUGGAUAGCCGAUUAAAAUAUCUCUGUAUUGACACUCUGCAGAGGGCGCUGCAACUCCGGAAAAGGAUUCUGCAUUUUCAUCCGUUCUGUCGGUCGAUCAAUCUGGUCUCAGCCGCUCCUCACAUUGUUGGACGCGUUUGUCAAAAGGGACAAAUGGCAAAAACCUUGCAUUAAAAUGGCAAACGGAGGAGAAGAUGCCUCAACCCAAGGUGAAGUUGGUGGUGACGGGAGAUGAUUUUGGGUACUGCGAGAGAAGGAAUCUAGGCAUUGUGGAUUGUUUCAAAGCUGGUGGGAUCUCUAAUGUCUCUCUGUUGGUGAAUGCAGUCUCAGCAAAACAUGCGGCAGACUUGGCCAAAAGGUAUCACCUCCCUAUUGGAAUACAUGCCAAUCUCUCAGAGGGUCUUCCAAUGUCUCAGGAACUGAAGAGCUCAACGCUCCUCAACAAGGAUGGUUUUUUCCAUGGCAAGAUGGGCUUCCGGGAGGUUUUGCAGAGCGGUCAGCUCAAGAUGUCAGAGGUGGAGGUGGAGCUCAGGGCCCAGAUAAACCAUUUCUAUGAACUGGUUGGCCACAUGCCCUCUCAUAUGGAUGGUCACCAGCAUGUACACGUGCUGCCAGAGGUGCGAGAGGUAUUUGCCAGAGUUCUCUCUGAUUUUGGGAUCACCUACACACGGGUCCCUGUGGAACCUGGCCUUAAAUUUUGCACCUUCCUCCCGUCCCAUCUUCAAGACUUCUACUCUCAGGUUGAAAAAGAUGCCCUUGAGUCUGUCGAAGUUUUUCAUCGGCAUGGCAUAAGAUGGCCUGACAUAUACCUGGGCCUAAGCACUAUGGGUAAGAACAUGUCUAUACCCAACCUGAAACGAGCUUUGGGCUUCACGCUGGAGGCACGAGGGUCAUCACUGGAUGACAGUGUGACUUCACUGAUACUGACACAGACCAAUGACAACACAACUGACUCCUAUCAACCUCUCACAGCAGAGCUUAUGGUUCAUCCAGGAUAUCCAAGUCACCCUCACCAGGGUGGAUGUGGAGACGGACCCGAUGAUUUCUCGCAGUCUACAGACCGGCUGCAUGAGCUGAACACAUUGAGGGACCCUUUGGUGCUUAGCUACUACAGGCAACAGGGGAUCCACCUCUGUGCCUUUAAGGACUUUUAAACCCUCGGGGAUGUAGAGGAACAUAUUUUGGGGCAUUGCAGCAAACUGAAGGGUGAAUGCUUGGUUGGGGAAAUGGCAGGAAAUGGGCCAACAUGGACCAUAAAGUUAAAUUGUGCUGCUUCCAAAGUCCACACCAAACCAUUUGAAGUCAUUUCCAGCGAAAGGAGACUUUUAUAACGAUGUCCUACAAUCUCUCCUUUGAGACCGUGUAUUUGAAAUUUCAUAAAACAUGUUUUUAGAUAUUUAAGCAUUAGUUCACUCUGAAUGAAAUGAAAAUUCUCUCAUGGUGUACUCACCUUGAUUUUGUUCCAAACCCGUACGACUAACUUUCUUCUGUCGAACACAAAGGGAGAUGUUAGGCAGAAUGUUGGGUAGACGGCCUUAUUCACUUUUAUUGUAUGAGAACCAUCAACAUUUCUCCCCAUGUUCCAUGAAAGAAAGCAAGUGAUGCUGGUUUGGAAUGACAUGUGGGUGAGUAAAUGAUUACAAAGUUUUAUUUUUGUGGGAACUAUUCUUUUAAAGCAUACAACCUUUUAUGAUGGAUAGCUGCUGUACGUCCAGUUGUUGCAAGAAGAACCCUGCCUACAUUUUUAUUGUGGCAGAUACAGACAGAAGAAUGUUCUUGUAUUAGAAAUGUAGCAAUCAGAUAAGUUUCUGCCUCCAUUAGAGCACCAAGUGCUUUCACAUUCAUAUUGCAAAUAAUUGUACAAUCUGAUAGCUAUGUCAUAUUUAUAAUGUAAUUUACUAUAUGUAGAUUUCAACUCUUAACUGAGCAUAUAACAAUGACUUUAUAUAUUUAAAAAUACAUUGUAAUGUAUAGGGUACAAUGUUUGUAACAAAUGUAUUUGAUAUUUUUACUGUAAUCAUGAAUUAAAAGCACAAUCAAUUUAACUGAGAAUUUCUGUCUGAAAAAAAAUAAGAAAAACUGCUUUGAAACUGUUGUUUUGAUGGUGAAAAUGAACAAUUAAGUAUUGGAAAUGGGAUUCCCAUGGUCAUAGGAAACCUAUAGAGACUGUAUCAGGGAAUUGUACAAUGUGUUUUCUUUGUAAGCAUGUAUUUCUGGUUCUGUUCACGUUCACUUUGAAAAGUCUUAUUUCAUUCCACUAGAUGGCAGCAAACAUUAGAUUUUUUUUUUCUUCUCUUUCACAUUCCAUCACAAUAUACAGAUCUGAUAUGUAGGUGGCGCUAUAAUGCAUUUUAGCCCUCACAGAUGUGCUGGUCCAUAGACAGACUAAUUUUCAGUUUAUGCACCACCCUCAUUGUUUCAUUGAGUUUCUCGAACUCUGAGUGGACUAGAAGCUGAAAUCCUCAUCUUUGCAAUGAUAUAUAACAUUUUAUCUUGAAUUAGGCCUGUCACAAUUAUUAAAUAAGCGUCUGAUCUAACCGACACAACUGUGAUUUUUGGACAUUCUAAUUCCAAUUACAUUUUAAUGCCCAAAUAAGGCCAUUUUAAGCAAGUAUACAGUAUAAAUGCCAUGAACGGUGUGUUUGUGUCAUUUAGUUGAACUCCGAAUCCAGGCGUCACUGAGCUGCACCACGUCUGAUGUCAAACAGCUCCUGU